AUGUGGUUUCGCUCCGCCCUCGUCGCAGCAGCUCUGCCGCUGCUUUCGCUUGCUGCGCCCGUCUCCAAGGACGACAGCAACAGCAACAGUGAUGCUCCUCCCCGCAUCGACUAUGAUGCCAUCAUCGUCGGCGGUGGUCCCUCUGGCCUCGCCGCCCUGAGCGGCCUCGCCCGUGUGCGCCGCAACGUUCUUCUCGUCGACUCGGGCGAGUACCGCAAUGCUGCUACCCGCCAUAUGCACGACGUGCCCGGCAACGACGGCUGGCAGCCGGCCUACUACCGCUGGGUGGCUCGCAAGUCCAUCGGCAACUACGGCACCGUCACCAUGACCAACGGCACUAUAACCGAGAUCCAGCCCGAGCGCAACAACACCUACUUCACCGUCACGGGCAACUACACGGGCGGCCACGAAAUCACUUACACGGCCCGCAAGGUCAUUCUCGGCACCGGCAUCACCGACCUCAUCCCCGGCACGCCGGGCCUCAAGGAAAACUUUGGCAAGGGCAUCUACUGGUGCCCCUGGUGCGACGGCCACGAGCACGCCGACCAGGCCCUCGGCAUCGUCGGCCCCGUGAGCGCCGUCCCCGGCACCCUGCGCGAGGUCGCGACGCUCAACACGGACGUUGUCGCCUUUACCAACGGCACCGCCGCCAACCAGACCAUGCUCGACGCCACGGAAAAAAGCUUCCCGCAGUGGCGCGACUAUCUCAAGGCCAAAAACGUGCCCAUCGAGGACCGCGUCAUGACGCGGAUUGAGCGUCUGCGCGACGGCGCCGACCCGUCGGCCGACCCCAGCCUGCCCACCUACCCAGAGCACGACCUCUUCCGCGUGCACUUUGACUCGGGCGAGCCCGUCCUCCGCAACGCCUUCAUCAUCAACGUGCCCACCGACCAGGCCUCGACGCUGCCGGCCUCCAUCGGCGCCAAGCUCGACGGCGCCAAGAUUGCCGUCAACGGGUCCCAGGGCUACGUCACCAGCGUGCCUGGCGUCUACGCCAUCGGCGACGCCAACAACGCCGGCGCCACCAACAUUCCCUUUUCGCUCUUUAGCGGCAAGCGCACCGCCGUCUACCUGCACGUGCAGCUCGAGCGCGAGGACGUGGCCAAGCUGCUGGCGAACCUCAACGGCACCACCACCAGCAGCGGCGCCCUCGAGCGGCGCCUCAGCAGCCGCAGCGUGCACGAGGAGGCGCGCGCGGUGUGGGACGAGAUGAAUGGCGAGCCGGGCGACGUCUUGUACGCGGGCGAGUUUGACCAGUAG